GCACCAGGCCCCUGCACCCCUCUUCAGAGCUCUAGACCCCUGCUGCGGACGCCAUCCGGGGUGGAAGCAAGGAGCACGUGUGCUAAUGCCUGUGCCAGACCACAAGCAUCGCCCAGACAGGCUUUGUGGGGUUCGUGCCGCUUCACAGCGAGAAAGGCGAGAGCUGGGAACCUGCUGAUGCAGUUGCGGUGCCGCUUCUGCCUCCUAACGCUGGCUUCAGGGUCCUGGCCGUGACCCCCCACGACAUUCUCUACCCGGGGCGGGUUCGGAGGAAGCUCCAGGCAGGCAGGACUGAAGCCGCCCUUGACUUCACCAGGCAGCUGGCGCACUUCUUCCUGGACCACCCUGAGGACGCGUUCGGGGCCAUGGGCCAGCUACUGCAGGAGAAUUUCCAUCUGGGGGAGGCACGGCUGCGGAACAAGGGGACAGAUGGACAUGGACCAGGGGUGCUGAGGCUGCUCCGUCUGCUGGGCAGUGCAUGGUGGCCUGGCACUGUCCUGCAUUUCACUGGGCAAGGCAUGUGAGAACGUGGUCCCGCUGUCGGCCCUGCUGCGGGAGCUCAGCCACAUGGACGCCAGGCGCGGGUGCCGCCAGCUGUGGGUCAGCUCCCGGCUGCGCGGCUUCUGCCACCUGAGCCAGGCUUGGCUGUGGGAGCUGCCGCUAGGGAUGCUGGGCGAGCGGCUGCAUGAGGAGCUGGCGCUGCAGUGGGACCAGCUGCUCUUCGACGAUGCCCCGACUGGGGGUGCGCUGGCCUGGCUGCCCACUGGGGGCAUAGGCGCGUCCCGCGGCUGCUUGCUGCACCCAGCUGGCCCUGCCAUGGAUCAGCUCUGCUUCCAGGACGUGGUGCUGGCGCCAGGGGAGGACGGCGCCCUGCGUCCCUGCGCCCAGGGCAGCCCUGCCCAGUUUAAGCUCAGCGGCCGGGUGCGCCAGGUGUCUGCCACGCAGGUGGAUGGGGCAGCCUUUGUGGGUGUCCGCUCGGACUACCACUGUGGGGCCUGGAGGCUGCAGCCUGGCGCCGUGCCCACUCCGCUGCAGGUCGUCCGCACCACCUCGCCAGCCUCCUGCCUCACUGCCAGCCCCCACCUGCCCGGGGAGCUGUCCCUGUGCACCCACAGCGGGGCUGUCUACCUGUGGAGCGUCGAGACCGGGCUGCAGCGCCUCUGCCAGGAGCCGGAGACCAUGUUCUUCCGUGACGCAUCGCCGUGGCGCUGGAGCGAGUUCACAGCCCACCCGCGGGUGCUGAGCUACGCUGACCGCACUGGCGUGCAGUGCCUCGACGUGCGGGCCCCCACUCAGGCCCGGCGAGAUCUCUUCAAGGUGGGCGCAGAAGCCGGGUGUCAGCGUGGAGAACGCGUGGUGCUGCCCCUGUACCUGGGCCAGGCCCACCCUGCCCAGCACCUCAUCGCCACACAGUUCUCGGUGUACGUGGUGGACGAGCGCUUCCCCCUGGUGCCGGCGCUGCGCUGGGAGCACAUGAUGACGGUCCCCCCCAUCUUUGCACACGUGAUGCCGGGCAGUCCCCGGGGCAGGAGCCACAAGGUGCUGCUGGGCGCCCAGCGCACCCAGGAGCUGCUGCUGCUGCAGUGCACAGGCAGCAGCACAUCAGCCUGUCAGCUUGUGGGGGCCCCACGGAGGCUGCACACCAUUGCUGAUGGCUUGCAGUACCUGCCCACCACGACACCCCACCAGCUGGACUGGCUGCACCAGAGGCUGGGCAUGCCCGCUGCAGGGGUGACCGCCACCCUGGGGCGCUGCGGGCCGUUGGAGUCCAUGCUGGUUUUCCAGCUGUCGGAGGCCGGGGACCUCUUCUACCAGACGCUGCUGCACUCGCAGCCAGCAGACAGCUCGCCGGAGAGGGGCCAUGCAGAUGAGCCCUCCACAUCCCCAUCCCUGCAGACCCCUGCCCAGGCAGUGCAACACUUGCCAGGAGCAGGCACUUCCUGCGGUUCGGGCACAGAGGGCGAGGAGGAGGAGAGGAUGGAGACCUUCCACCUGUCUGGCUUGGAGGUGCUUGUGAACGAGGACUCGGAGGAUGAGGGCAGUGGCAGUGCCGGGCAGCCCGCAGAUCCCGGGGCCCAGGGGCAAGGCCGAGCCAGCCCCAACCAGACCCCUGCCCCCAGCCCUGCCAUUGCUGCCCAGUACCGCCGCUGGCUGGCAACACUGUCCCAUGCCUGGAAGCACCUGGCGGAGCCGGCCAAGCCACGGGUGCCCCUCACCCUGAGCCAGAGGCGGCUCUUCACCCGCAGGGAGCUGGGCCAGCCGCCCGGGGACAGGGUGCUGCACCAGCAGGCUCGCCGGCAGCUGCGCCGCGCCAUGCGGGAGCGUGGUCUGGUUGUGGGCUGUGCCCUGGGCCCGGAGCCCCCACCGCCGCCUGUGCCCUGCCCCCUGGAGCCACAGGCCUGGCCCGAUGACCUGAGCGAGCGGCUCACGGCCUCCUGGGUGGGGGGCUGGAGCAACUGGUGGGAGGAGCAGCAGGGCAGGAGCCAGGCACGGCAGGCACGGGAGCGGGCGCUGCGGGAGCAGAGACGGCGCCGGAAGCGAGCGCGGGGCCUCUGCAGCCUGUCGGGCAGUUUCAGCUCCUCCCUCACUUGCCAGUCUGACCUGUCCGACUUCAGUGAUGUCUCAGCCUGGUCUGUGGGCAGCCGGGCCCCCACGCCUGUCCCAGCCAGCCCCCAGCAUAGCCUUGCGCCCUCCCUGUCAGGGCAGGAUGCUCCUGCAGAGCCCUGGCCAGGCUCCCCGCUGGCCUGCAGCACCCAGCUCUCCCAGGAGCCUGGGGGCAGCCAGGACCCAGGGGCCCCCUCCCAGCUGCUGUCAUCCCAGAUGCUGCGCUUGCGUGGGGUCCCCAGGGAGCGCAGGAAGACCCUCCGCGACUACCUCUCCAUCUUCACUGAGUCCCCCGUGGAGACGCCACCUGAGGUGCCCAGCAGCCAGGCUUCCAGGCUGGGGGGAGAUCACCGGGUCCCCCUCUCCCAGAGCCAGGCCUCCAGCCUGGGGGUGGAGCAGCACGUCCCCCUCUCCCAGAGCCAGGCCUCCACGGGUUCCCAGGCCAAGCGCAAGCGUGCCCGCAUGGGCUUCUGAGCAGGCCUGGCGGGGGGAGGCGGGCGGGUGGGUUCCUGGGGUAGCUGCUCCUGUGCUGCAGUCAAUAAACUGGGAGAGUUGGCUCCUGUGUGGUCUCUUUGUGGGUCAGGGGGCCUUUCCUUGCAAUAUCCAGGUUCCAACCAUUGGAUAUCGUCAUGCUCUAGUUAGCCAAAUGAGCAAUCCCCUUGCUACUUCCAGCAUGCCUGCCCCAUUAUAGGGCAUGUCCAUGUCUACACGUGGCAGCCGCAUGCUCAGCUGGGGCUGGACCUCCACCCAAGCUGG